ACAAUUUGCUUUUACAGACAAAAUCAACAGUUGAGUUUUUUAGUUGAAACCAUUUGUGUGUAAUUUUUGUUAAUUUCUUUUAUUUAAUUAAAUGUAUAAAAAUGUUGAAAAUAAAUUUUUUACUUAUACUUAUAACUACAAUAACAAAUUCAAAACAUUGCCACCGACUGCAUUGUGAAGGUCAUGCCCAUGAAAUCGAAUUUGAAGAGCCGGGUUUCUAUCAGGAAAGCAAUAUUGUGUUUCCUAAUACCAAACCGAUUGCAUAUCCUAAUAGAAAUGAUGAAAUACAAUUCGAAAGUCAUAAUAAACCAAAGCCGCGUCCAAAUAAUGGAAAUAAGAAAAAACAUCGCAAGAGAAUCUGUGAAAAAAAAUAUGUUGAAUAUAUUCGACGCAUAUUUCCGAAUGAUGCAGACAUAAUUGCAGAUGCUAACGAUACCGACUUUAACGGUCGUGUUCUUGCUUUUCCAGGGGAAUAUCCACAUAUGACAGCAGUUGGUUUUGAAAUGGAUAACCAAGACAUUGAUUACAAAUGUGGAGGUAGUCUUAUUAGUGAGAACUUUAUCGUAACUGCAGCUCAUUGUACAAACAUUACCGGACAAUCUCCAAUUCAAGUACGCAUAGGUGACUUAAACCUAAAAGCAGAUGAAAAUAAUGUAGUACCACAAACACUUAGAAUCAGAAACAUAUACAUUCAUCCCAGCUAUCGAUCUAGUUCAUAUUACAAUGAUAUAGCUUUACUUGAACUCGAAGAUGAUGUAGAAUUUACAGAAUUUGUGCGACCCAUACAUCUUUGGGUUAAUGAAAGUAUACCAUAUACUAUUGCAUUUGCAAUGGGCUAUGGAGCGACUGCUUUUGGAAAAGAGCGUACGAAUCGCUUAACUGAUUUGAAUAUGACAAUUAUAUCGAAUGAUGAGUGCAAUCGUGUGAUGCCCGCAUUACCAGAAACAGCGUCUGGUAUAAUUUCCAGUCAAAUUUGUGCACAGGAUAAAUUAAUGAAUCGCGAUACUUGCCAAGGUGACUCUGGUGGUCCAUUGCAAUUAAAUGUACAAGGACGACGACGUAGAAAGCGUAAGCAUUUUUAUUUAAUCGGUAUAACUUCAUAUGGUUUAGCUUGUCGCAGUGGCAAUCCAAGCGUACAUACGAGAAUAUCAUCAUAUCUAGAUUGGAUUGAAAGCAUUGUUUGGAGAAAUGAAUAG